AUGCCUGCCCCCAAGAAAACCGGUAGCGCUACCACUGCGCAAGUCGCAAAGACCUCUGUCCCAACUGCCGAUCAAAUCCUCGUCCCGGAGACUCUCUUGAAGAAGCGCAAGAGCCAGGAGAAGGAAAGAGAGGCUCGCACCGCCGAGCUCGAGAAGAAGAAGAAGGCACAAAAGGAGAAGCGUGGUGUUAUCUUCAAGCGUGCCGAGAAGUACGUUAAGGAGUACCGCGACCAGGAGCGUGAGAAGAUUCGUCUCCAACGUCUUGCCAAGCAAGAGGGUUCUUUCCACAUCCCUGCUGAGGAUAAGUUGGUCUUCGUUGUCCGUAUCAAGGGUAUCAACAAGAUCGCACCAAAGCCCCGCAAGAUCCUCCAACUCCUCCGUCUCCUCCAGAUCAACAAUGGUGUCUUUGUCCGCAUGACUAAGGCUACCCUCGAGAUGCUCAAGGUCGUCGAGCCAUGGAUUGCUUAUGGAUACCCCAACCUCAAGACUGUCCGUGAGCUGAUCUACAAGCGUGGAUAUGGAAAGGUCAACAAGCAACGCAUUGCUCUUACCGACAACGCCAUCAUCGAGGAGUCCCUUGGCAAGUACGGUAUCGUCUGUAUGGAGGAUUUGAUCCACGAGAUCUUCACCGUCGGCCCAAAUUUCAAGCAGGCUGCCAACUUCUUGUGGCCCUUCAAGCUCUCCAACCCUACCGGUGGCUUCCGCAGCAGGAAAUUCAGACAUUUCGUGGAAGGUGGUGAUUUGGGCAAUCGUGAGGACAAGAUCAACUCUUUGAUCCGCUCGAUGAACUAA